GCGGAAGUAGUCUGGAAGAAGCGGAAGCUGAGGAGGCCGCGGUGACCAGUACCUGGAGGGAAAGGCUCGUGGAGUCGGGGAAGGCUAGCGCCAAGAUGAAGGUGAAGAUGCUAAGCCGGAACCCGGACAACUACGUCCGUGAAACCAAAUUGGACUUACAGAGAGUUCCAAGGAACUAUGAUCCUACCUUACACCCUUUUGAGAUCCCACGAGAAUACGUGAGAGCUUUAAAUGCUACCAAACUGGAACGGGUAUUUGCAAAACCAUUCCUUGCUUCCCUGGAUGGUCACCGAGAUGGAGUCAAUUGCUUGGCAAAGCAUCCGAAGAGCCUGGCUACUGUCCUUUCUGGGGCGUGUGAUGGAGAGGUUAGAAUUUGGAACUUGACUAAACGAAAAUGUAUUCGUACGAUACAAGCGCAUGAAGGUUUUGUACGAGGAAUAUGUACUCGUUUUUGUGGGACUUCUUUUUUUACUGUUGGUGAUGACAAAACUGUGAAGCAGUGGAAAAUGGAUGGACCAGGGUAUGGAGAAGAGGAUGAGCCAUUGCAUACAAUAUUAGGAAAGACAGUAUAUACAGGAAUUGAUCAUCACUGGAAGGAACCUGUUUUUGCCACAUGUGGACAGCAAGUAGACAUUUGGGAUGAACAAAGAACUAAUCCUAUAUGUUCAAUGACCUGGGGAUUUGACAGUAUAAGCAGUGUUAAAUUUAACCCAAUCGAGACAUUUCUCUUGGGAAGUUGUGCUUCUGACAGGAAUAUAGUACUGUAUGAUAUGAGGCAGGCUACUCCUCUGAAAAAGGUCAUCUUAGAUAUGAGAACAAAUACAAUUUGCUGGAACCCUAUGGAAGCUUUCGUUUUUACUGCAGCAAAUGAAGAUUACAACCUCUAUACUUUUGACAUGCGUGCGCUGGACACUCCUGUAAUGGUCCACAUGGAUCACGUAUCUGCAGUGCUUGAUGUGGAUUACUCCCCCACUGGGAAAGAAUUUGUGUCUGCUAGUUUUGAUAAAUCUAUUCGAAUCUUUCCUGUGGACAAAAGUAGAAGCAGGGAAGUCUAUCACACAAAGAGAAUGCAACAUGUUAUUUGUGUAAAAUGGACUUCUGACAGCAAGUACAUCAUGUGUGGAUCUGAUGAAAUGAACAUUCGUCUGUGGAAAGCUAAUGCUUCAGAAAAAUUGGGUGUGCUUACAUCACGAGAAAAAGCAGCCACAGAUUAUAACCAGAAGUUAAAGGAGAAAUUUCAGCAUCAUCCUCAUAUAAAACGUAUCUCUCGUCACCGACAUCUACCAAAAUCUAUCUACAGCCAGAUUCAGGAACAGCGCAUCAUGAAAGAAGCUCGACGACGAAAGGAACUGAAUCGUAUCAAACAUAGCAAGCCUGGGUCUGUCCAGAUGGUGUCAGAGAAGAAGAAGCACAUAGUGGCUGUUGUGAAAUAAGAUUUGGUGUUCCUGCUGAUGUCGGUGUAUAAUUAUUUGUUCUGUUUUGGUUUGUGAACUCUACAAGGAAAAGGACACCUCUAGUGUGACAAGUCUAAUUGUGUGCAAAGACCGUGAUCGUUGCGCAUUUUCACUGUCCUGAACACUGUGGCCUGGUUGAUAAGACUAUCCAACAUCUUAUUCUUGAUCUUCUUCCUUGCAUCAUUGGAGGAUACAGUAUUUACAAACCAACUUAUUUUUGCUGUUAGAAAUUGCAGGUAUACUUGGGCUUUGAUCUGUUAUUUUAGACGCUCUACAUUUGAAUUUACAUUUAAGACCAAACCUCUCUUUUGUUACCUUUAAUAUUACUUUGGAUAAUUAUUGCAGUGAUUCUUCCUAGGAUUCCAUAAAACAUGUAGAAGAAUUAUGUCAGCUUUUUCAAUUGAAUUUACUUUCUGUGCUUUAUAUUUGGCUUUUUGAGACUUUAAAGAUGACCAACCUACAUUUAUAUGACUUUAUAAAGAGUAAUAAUUAUAACUUAUGGUCAAGAUAAUAAAACACCCUUUUUUUUCAGCCUUGUGACUUCAAUCCCAUUCUGCUAAAUAAAUUCUCUUUAAUCUCACUAAAUCAUAAAUAGGA